UGCAAAAUUUAUGGUCAAACGGGCCCUUAGAUGACAUGCGCGUGUAUUCAUGGAAACACAGAUUGAAAUGAAAGAAGAAGUGGCUCAAGGAAGCACAGCACAUAUAUACAGAGGAAAAUGGAGAGGAUAUGAAGUUGCAGUCAAAUGUGUAUUGCCUGAGUUCUUCCUCUUGAAUGAAAAUGGUGUUAGCUUCUUUGCUCAAGAGGUUGAGACGUUAUCAAGGCAGCGUCAUCGUUUUGUGCUGCAGCUUAUGGGGGCAUGCCUUGAUCCUCCUCAGCACGGAUGGAUAGUGACAGAGUUAUUAGCAAUGACGCUAAAAGAUUGGCUACAUGGUCCUGGUAAAAGAAGAAAAGAAAGAGCUAUUCCUCUUCCACUUUUUGAAGAGAGAGUUGUAAAAGCAAUGGAAAUUGCUCAAGGAAUGCAAUAUCUUCAUGAACACAAGCCUAUGGUGAUUCAUCGCGAUUUAAAACCGAGUAACAUUUUCUUGGAUGAUUCUAUGCAUGUUAGAAUUGCAGAUUUUGGACAUGCUAGGUUCUUGAAUCAUGAAGAAAAGGCUUUAACAGGAGAAACAGGUUAGCUAAUUCUCUUGUUCAUUACUCUCUCUCUCAUUUUAUAUGAGAUAGAUUGACUCAACGCGUCGUUUAAGAAAGAAAAGAUGGCUUUUAAAACUUGUUGUCCAAAAUGAAUGACAGAAAUUAAUUGUGUGACUGUUAAAACAGUCAAAUUGUUACUUAAUAUAGAAAUGUGUCAUUCUUCGCUUGUUAGGAUUGACUAAAAGAGAAAGUAAUAAGUUUUUGUGUGGUAUAUUUAUUGAUUAAACAUCAAAGUUUUGAGAUUUCAGGCACAUAUGUAUACAUGGCACCAGAAGUGAUUCGAUCAGAACCUUAUGAUGAAAAGUCGGAUGUCUAUAGUUUUGCCAUUAUUCUCAAUGAGCUUCUCACCGGAGAAUAUCCUUACAUUCAAACUCACUAUAAUCCUUCUAAGGUACACCCUUAAUUCCUUGCAUUACGAAAGACUGUCUACAUCACACCCUUUUAUAAGAGAGAGAAAAAGUAUUAGUAUUCCUUCUGUCCCAUAUGGUCCAC